UUUCGGAGACAGCCACGCCUCCAAGUCACAUCAUUGGUUGCUAUGUCAUGCUGGUCUUCUUGAUGUACAAACAGUGCUACAGAGACAUUGUUUUAAAAAUGUACGAAAAUCUGCAAACAAAUGGGUUGGUUGAAACUGAAGGAAGUGUUUUAAUGUUAAAGAAAAUAUACAUAAGUUUUAAAGUUCAUUAAAACGUGCAUGGACAAACACCCCAGUAACCAGUUGUCACGAGACCUGCGUAAAGGACCUACUGGGAAAGUCUGAUGCUUCUCGUUAUCCAAUCCGCGUAAGCGCUGAAGCUGAUUGGCUCUUUUCUUGUCCAAUGUCAUUCUAAUAAGAAGUUCUAUGUUGGAGGAGAUUUAAUUUACUUGAAUAGCCGCAGCAUUCCAUUGAGAAUAAUUCAGGACACCCUGAUAAACAUGCUGCAGUGCUUUGAGUUUCACGAGAGUCACAUUCAUAGUCUGAAGAGUCGCCCUCACCGUCUGUCCGAAAACAAUGAGAGAAAAUCAGAGUCAGAAAGUGAAGACACUCCAUUAUCUUGCACACCACCACAAUUCCUAAAAGCCAAGAACAUGUUCACCUACAGUCGCAUAAACAAGUAUACAGUACGAUUAAGUGACAAAAAGAGGGACCCUCUGAGCAAAAUCUCAGAGAGAUUUAUCAUAAAUGCUGUGGAGGAGCGUGUGUGUGACAGACAAAGCAAUUUGUCAGAAGUCCAGACUGCGGAGGAGAAAGACCUGUGGCCUGUUGAUGAUAGCGAGCCAUCACAAAGCUCUAUAGACUCCAACUCCACAACUUCCUCUUUCAAUACUGGGAGCACUGAGGCUGAAUCUACCUGUAGUUUCUGUGAAGACCAGACAGGAAGUGAAGAUGGAAGCCCAGGAAGAAUUAUGCUGGAUACACCUCCAUCCAGAUCAGGAAUUCUUCUGAAAGACCCCAUGCUUGGAGCUUUUCCGGCUGCAUGGAAAAAGCGGUUUCCUUUCAGCCCUAUGCUACUAAAAACACCAGUACUGCCUCUGCGUCCGCCUCUUCGGGAAGCAGACAGUUUGACCCUCAACCCAUCUCUGCUCAUAUCACCUUCUCAAGGCCUGAGCCGUUCUCUCCAUCCGGAAGGACGAGAGGCGCUCCAAACAUUAUUUGAGGACGUGUGGGUCACCCCAGAAUCUACCGUCUUAAAAAGUCCCAGUUUGCCAGGCAGCUUUGCAAAUGAAUCAACUGUAAUGAGUGCUGGAAGUAGCAGCAAUCUGUCCUUCAAGAGUGAGGAAGAGAACAACAGCUCUGAAGAUGAGACCCCAAAACAACUCAUUCCUCUGAAGAGAGCAAGAAAAGUCUGUUCACACAGGCACCCUUCAAAAAGAGGACGUGUUACAACACAGCCAAACCCUAAGAAGAAAUGUGUGAACGGCUUCAUUAUGUUCUGCCGAAUUAACAGAAAAUUAUAUAUCAGAUCCUAUCCUGGCAUCCCGUCCACUAUGGUCACCAAAGAGUUAGCCAAUCUGUGGCACAUCCUGCCCAAGAAGGAGAGGCGUUUGUACUGCUUGAAAGCCUGGAGCUUCAGUUGCCAGCAGAACCGCAAUGUACGUGCUCAAAAACAAGAGGCAGAAAUGAAGGCAGAUCACUUUGUGCCCAGUCCACUGCACAUGUUACUGGCCUAUAGAGACAAGUAUGCAGCUGUCAAAUGAAGGUCUUCACACCUCAGUGACCUACUGUACUGAGAAUAUGCAUAAAAAAAAAAAAAACAACCAAAUAGACUAUUGACAUUUAAACAACUGCAUUGUAUAGUUCAAUACAGUUUUAAUAAGGUUAACCGCUGUCGUGAUUUAACACAAUUGCAUCUCAGGGAUUUUAAAAUAACUAAUUUAUUGUGUUUUAAGUAUAUUUUUUAUUGUUCUACUGUUUUUUUUUUUAUCAUCAUAGAGCAUAUUUACAUUUUCAGUGUUUUAAUAUAUACUGGUUUCAGCAUUUUUCAUUGUGACUUUAUAUUGUUAGAUAAAACAUUCAGACUUUUAUUACUUAUUUAUAACAAAUGGCAAUUUGUUAAGUAUCUAUCUUCAUAUAUUUAUAUAUUUAUUAUAAUGUUUAUAUUAAGCUGUUUUAAAGUUGUUGUUUUUUUAUAGCCUUAACUUAAUUAUUCAUUAAGAAGCCUUAGAGGAGCUCUAAUAUGUUUCCCAAGAGAGUUACCAACCUCAUGAAAGUUGUUCUGGGUUGUACUGUGCUGUUAAUAAACCUUAAAUGAGUU